GAUGGCGGCGCGGGCGGGUUUCCAGGCCGUGGCUCCCAGCGGCGGAGGGGCCGGAGCCGCUGCCGGGGCCGCUGCGCUGGGCCCGGGCACGCCAGGCGGGCCGGUGCGCAUGGGCCCGGCUCCCGGGCAGGGCCUGUAUCGCUCCCCGCUGCCGGGAGCCGCCUACCCGCGCCCCGGAAUGUUACCGGGAAGUCGACUGGCGCCACAGGGUCCCUCCAUGGGGCCGCCCGGUUACGGCGGGAGCCCGGCGGUGCGGCCCGGGAUGGCGCAGGCCAGCCUGGACCAGGCCCGCAAGAGGCCGGCGCCGCAGCAGCUCCAGCAGGUGCAGCCGCAGGCCGUGCCCAACCGCAACCACAAUGCCAAAAAGAAGAAGAUGGCUGACAAAAUUCUACCUCAGAGGAUUCGAGAGCUGGUGCCCGAGUCUCAGGCCUACAUGGACCUUCUGGCUUUUGAGAGGAAACUGGACCAGACCAUCAUGAGGAAGCGCCUGGACAUCCAGGAGGCUUUGAAGAGACCCAUUAAGCAAAAACGAAAGCUGCGGAUUUUUAUCUCCAACACCUUCAACCCAGCCAAGUCAGAUGCAGAGGAUGGGGAAGGAACAGUUGCCUCCUGGGAGCUCCGGGUGGAAGGACGGCUGCUGGAAGAUUCUGCUUUGUCCAAAUAUGAUGCCACCAAGCAGAAAAGAAAGUUCUCAUCCUUCUUUAAGUCUCUGGUCAUUGAACUUGAUAAAGACCUGUAUGGCCCUGACAAUCACCUGGUAGAGUGGCACAGAACUGCUACCACUCAGGAGACAGAUGGCUUCCAGGUGAAGAGGCCGGGGGAUGUCAACGUGCGCUGCACUGUCCUCCUGAUGCUGGAUUACCAGCCCCCCCAGUUCAAGCUGGACCCCCGCUUGGCUCGUCUCCUGGGGAUUCACACCCAGACCCGGCCCGUCAUCAUCCAGGCCCUCUGGCAAUACAUCAAGACCCACAAGCUGCAGGACCCCCACGAGCGGGAGUACGUCAUCUGUGACAAGUACCUGCAGCAGAUCUUUGAAUCUCAGCGGAUGAAGUUCUCUGAAAUCCCACAGAGGCUCCAUGCCUUGCUCAUGCCCCCGGAACCCAUCAUCAUUAAUCAUGUCAUCAGUGUUGACCCAAAUGACCAGAAGAAAACUGCUUGCUAUGACAUUGAUGUGGAGGUGGAUGACACCUUGAAAACUCAGAUGAAUUCUUUCCUGCUCUCCACUGCCAGCCAGCAGGAAAUUGCUGCUCUGGAUAACAAGAUUCAUGAAACAAUAGAGACAAUUAACCAGCUGAAGACCCAGCGGGAGUUCAUGCUGAGCUUUGCCCGAGAUCCUCAGGGCUUCAUCAAUGACUGGCUGCAGUCCCAGUGCCGUGAUUUAAAGACAAUGACUGAUGUUGUUGGGAAUCCUGAAGAGGAGCGUCGAGCUGAGUUCUACUUCCAGCCCUGGGCUCAGGAAGCUGUGUGCAGAUACUUCUACUCCAAGGUGCAGCAAAGGCGGCAGGAGCUGGAGCAGGCCCUGGGGAUCCGGAACACAUAGGCUGCUCCCUCCUCCCCAGCCAGGAGGCAUCACAGCCAUUUGUGGAGACAGAGCUGCAGAGCUGGCUGUUAAGACUCACAUAAUCCCACUCCAGCAGUGAGGCCUGUGUCAUUAUUCACCCUGGCAUUGUCCUUGUUGGGGCAGCUCCAGGACACACAGGGUAUUCUGGGGUGUGGCAAACAGGCAGGCUCUAAUGAACACACAUUUCUACCUGGUUUUCUUCCUGACUGUUGCCUUGUCAGUCCCAAGGCUUCCGAGAGCCUCCCCUUGACUCCACACGACCUGUAGUGUCCCCAGUAGCCAGUACAACUCCUGACUUGGAGCCUUUCUCAAGUUCAAAAACCACAGCCCAUUUGUCCCCAACUAGCAUCUAGUUGUGGCACAGGGGAGACCUGGGUCUGGGAAGCCUGGCUGUGCUCUGAGGGUCAAGCUCUGUGGCCAGUCUCUUCCUGCCUUGUUUUAUAGCCAGGUGCCAGGGAGACCAAGUGGGCAGGAUGCCAUGAGCUGAGAUACCUCCCUGCCCUGACUCCCUCACUCGGGGGUGCUGCUGCACUGGGCUGCCUCGUAGGUCACUCUUCCUUGAGGAAGUUCCUGGACUGUGUAGAGAAUUGCUUCUUGCCCCUCUUUCCCUGCCCUGUUCCCUUUGUGUUCUUUGACAGACUGUCCCCAGGAUCACAGGGGAAAUGAGGCGUUGGCUCUGCAGGGAUGUGGAAGCUUUCAGGUGAUGAGACCUCACUGCACUUCAGAAAUCCUGCACUGGUGGUUCCAGCAAACCACCUGGCUGCUGGUUUUCCCUGCAGCAGCUGCCUGGUGGAGCUGUGCAGGAGCACAGUGUUGUAGGCUCAUUCCUUUGGGACACUUUUCCUGUGUCACUUGCUGUGGGGACCAGCAGCUCCUUCGUGUGGAUCUGAGGGUGGGAAUGGACAUAGCUCUGAGCAUGUGUGAGUUAGAGGUUUCCAUGCUGAAGCUCCUGUGGUUUCUAGUCAAGUUUUUAGGUUCUGAGGCUGCCCUAAGGCCCAGCAUGGUUCAGGAAUGUGCAAGUAGAUUUUUCUCUACCAGUAGCAGCCCAGGUGCCUCUUCGUGGGAUGAAUAACUAGUGAAGUAGUGGUCAGGUGUUAGAGAAUGGCUUCUCUUAACCUGGAUCUCAGUAUUUCUGCUCGGGACUGUAAUGCAAAAUGGACUUGAAAGUUGGUCAUAGUAUCUUGGAAUAGCUGCAAAAUCCGUUACUGACAAACCCCCCUCAUCCCCACGCCCACCCGUGGUGUGGUUGGGAAAGUUGCUACCAAUUUGGGAGCCUGGGUGGCCCUACUCGUGUCUGUGUUACUACGUGUCUGUGAGUAAUAGACUCUCCACUUCCCUCCUCCUUGGCCCUCUUAGGAAAUGGCUCCUCUGUGGGACUGGGGUGAAGGUCUGGGUGCUGGUGGAGCAGCCCCUGCCUCCCCAGGGGAGGGACAGGCGAGGCUGGUGCAGAGUAACUUGCUUUUCUUCACUGAAUGUUACGGUUUGGUUUUUUUCCAUGGACCAAAAUUUUUUUUGUACUGUAUCCUUGUAGACGUCACCCAGUUUUAAUAAAAGCCUCUUGUGAAGGAAA